UUGUAGUGUUAGCUAGUUCGAUAUUCAUCCGUCAGCGUAUAGAAUUCUUACAUUUUGUGGUGCGCGUAGUGUACUCGGUGUCGUGUGAAGCGUAGUGACCAUCCCUCGCGUGGCGGCGAUCAGUGAAAAUCCGUGAAAAUCCGUUUAUUCGUGUCCGUUACCCCCGUGCUAUGGAGUGUUUAUCAUUUACCGCAUUUUGUGUUUUUAGUUUCGUUUCGUUUCCGUUCGUUCCCCAUUCGAUCGCUUUGCUCCGUGGUCCCUGCCACCGUCCAGAACCGUCCGAACGGAUCCGUGCGUGUCCAUCGGUCGGCGUUACCAUCGGUCACGAAAAUGUUAGCUAUGCGUCGCGAAAGUGAACCAAUCUGCGGUAGUGCCACGGCCACGAGUAACCACCUGCUGCACCACCAUCAUCAUCACCAUCAUCACCAUCAUCUGCAUCAGCACGAGCACGAUGGCCAACAACCGACGGCAAACGGUCUGAGUGACGGUUCGGCCGCAGCAUCCGAACAUCCCUCCGAAGUGAACGGAGAACUGGACUGUGUGGCAGGUUUGGAGCAAGAAACGGGAGGUGGUGGUUUUGUGAACCUUCCACAACAACAGCAUCAGCUGCAGUUGCUCCAGCAGCAACAGCAGCAGCAACUCCAACAGCAUCAACAGCUGCAGCAGCAGCAACAGCAACACCAGGACCAUCAACAUUAUCAUCAUUCCCGUGCAUUGUCACCGUCAUCGGUGGGCUUUUCGCACGCCGGUUUCAACGGUACCGGACCCAGCCUUGGGUCCGGUUAUCCGGGAUUCAGCAGCUUCGGAACGGGAUUGCCCGGUUUCAGUUCGGCAUCGCAUCGAUCGUCGCAUCUAGCGGCGGCCACUUCCGCUGCAGCCGCCGCCGCCAGCACCACUUCGAGCCUUGACGAGUACGUCGACAUCCUGCAGGUCCAGCAACUUCUGCUGGAGAACUCCUCGACCGUGGCUAGCCACCCUAGUACCACCACAAGCACCAGCACCUCCAGCACCACCACCAGCAGUGCAGUUGCACCUUCAGCAACUAGCAGCACUACCACCACCACCACCACCAGUUCCUUCAGUUCCGCUUCCACUCUUCCUUCCACCUCCUCCACGUCCACGCUCUUCCACGGUGCGAAAGGUCGGCCGAAGGUGAACCUCCAGAAGGCAGCCGAUUUCCAGGCGGCGGCAGCGGCAGCGGCGGCGGCUGCUGCAGCCGCAAGCCAGCUACAAGGCGAAUCACCGUCGUCAUCGUCGACGCCAUCGACGUCCAAGCGACUGCUCUUUGAUUACCCGAGUCCAUAUUUGUAUGGUAAUUAUCAUCCGUCGCCGAGUGACGAUCUCGUCGCUUUAUGGUUCGGAAGUAACGGAACAGGUGGCGUUGCCCCUGGACCACCAGCAGCUGCCAUGAUCAUGGAAGGGCUAGAAACGUUGGUUGCGCCAUCGCAUCACACAUUCCUGCUGACCGAGUCAGCGGCCGCCGCGCACUUUAACGUGCUGAGCUUCGACACGUGCGGCCUGUUCAAGACGGGCACCACCACGACCUCGCUCGCGACGCUCAACAACAACAGUACGGCGACGCCGAACAACAACCACCAUCAUCAUCACCUGUACCACCCGUACCACCACCAGACGACGGCGGUCAGUCAUCAUCAUCAUCAUUCGUCUGCUCAGCAACACCAGCAACAGCAGCAGCAGCAGCAUCAUCAUCAUCAUCAGCAGCAGCAACAACACAACGCGGCAACUUCGAGCAGUGCUGCGGCUUCAUCGGUUGCCGCUAGCUCGACCUCGACCGCCAUUACCACGCACACGACCGCCACGACAAGUGUCACGGCCUCGCACAACCCGGGUCAGCAGCAACAGCAACAGCAUCAUCAGCAGCAGCAUCAGCAACAUCAUAGCCAUAACCAUCCGCAUCAUCCCCAUCUGAGUCUGCUGAGCACGAGCGGUAGUGCCGGCGGUGCCAGUGGCCAGUCCGGUGGCCAUCACUCGAACGAUAGCGGAUCGCAGCUCGUCGGUGGCCAUCCCGGUGCCGGCGGUAGCGACGAUCACUCGCAGUCACAGCAGAGCGACGCACAAACCGGCGAUCUCAACACACCCGUAACCACCUCCGGUGACAUACCGUCGUUCUUCGGUCCGUCGACCGUCGUCGAGCCACCACCGAUUACCGGAUCGAUCGAGUCGGACGAUCUCUCGCUAGAGCCGCAAACCGUAUCCAGCCCGUGCGUAAGCCUCUGCAGUCCGACGAAGCAGGAGCGCAGCACCCCGCAAUCGAUCGUCAACGAGGAAGAGGCUAGCAAUACCAGCAGUACCAACGCGAUGUAUCCAUCGUCCAACUCCCAGCAGCAGCAGCAGCAGCAGCGACAACAGCAGCAGCACCAGCAGCACCAGCAGCUUCAUGGACAGAUCCGUGUCGCCGGUUUGGCAAGCGUAACGGGUGGCAGCACCGCCACCAGCACCACCAGCGACAUGCAGCAUGGCGACGGUGUGCAGUCGGCGGAUGCGAUCGAGAACAAGAUCUCCUACCGAGGCAUCUUUACGACGAGUGGUGGUGGUGGUGGUGGUGGCGCUAGUCCCAGCAUGGGUCUUCAGGCGUCCGGUGUCCACCUCGCACCCUCGGGUCAGAUGUCACCGUCGAGCGCCGGUCUGGGGCCGGCCAGCUGGGGUCUACCGAGCCCCGACAAGGGUCUGUUCCAGGCUCCGAUGUUCGGUCUUUUGGGCCCUCAGGCCACCAGCAGUGGCAGCACGGCACAAACGGCCGGCGUCUCGUCCAGUACACCUUCAUUCACCGUCGCCGGUCAGUCGCAGCCACAUCAUCCUCACGCUGGCCAUCAUUAUGGUGGUGGAGCGGAAGAGCGUGUCGGUCACUCGCACGGUGACUCCCUGCUCACGGGUCUCAACAUGGACUGUGCCAGCAUCAUCCUGAAGCAACCACCGAGCUACAACAGUUGCAUCAGUACGCUCGAUAUGCAGACACAGGAUAUGCUUGCGGCGGGAGGGUAUGGACGUGGUGCAGCCCAGGGUGCCGGCCAGGGGCUCGUGGGUAUGGCCACCCAGAAGUACCAAUGGUUGGACUCACCGGUCGAUCCGUACGUCGGUAGCCCGCAGCACGGUUCGGUUGUGUUGCCCGGUCCCUCCUCGACGCCGCUCUCCGUUGGUCCGAUCAUUCCGAAGCAGGAACCCUACACGACGCCCAAUCCCUGCACAUCCGAUUCCAGCCAACUCGGUGCCGGUGGUGGACUAACGCCAGCGCAGGCCGCCCAGCAGGCACAGUACGCGGUGCAGCUGGCCGAGUACAACCAGGCGACGAGCAAAGGGCACGAGAUCCUGUCCCAGGUGUACCAGCAGAGUACGAUGCCGCUGAAGCUGGUGCCGGUGAAACCGCGCAAGUACCCGAACCGACCGAGCAAAACGCCCGUCCACGAGCGACCGUACGCCUGCCCGGUGGAGAACUGCGAUCGGCGGUUCUCGCGAUCGGACGAACUGACGCGCCACAUCCGCAUCCACACCGGCCAGAAACCGUUCCAGUGUCGGAUCUGUAUGCGUUCGUUUAGCCGCUCGGAUCACCUGACGACCCACAUCCGGACGCACACCGGGGAGAAACCGUUCUCGUGUGACAUCUGUGGGCGCAAGUUUGCCCGGUCGGAUGAGAAGAAACGUCACGCCAAGGUGCAUCUGAAGCAGCGCAUCAAGAAGGAGAAAAACAGUGGUGGUGGUGGUGGUGGCAGCAGUAGUGGCGGCAACAGUGGAGCAGCGAACAGCAACACCUCUCACCAAGCACACCAACAGCAGCAGCAGCAGCAGCAACACCACCAACAACAACAGCAUCAACACUCGCAACAACAGCACCAUCAUCAGCAACAGCACCUUCAGCAGCAGCAGCAGCAGCAACAACAUGUCCAUCAUGCGGGCCACCCGGGACUGCAUCCGCACCAUCUGCUGACGCACGAUGAUCUUGCCGGCAUUCCGAUCGUAUCGUCAUCGUCGAACCCCACGGGCAGCAGUUUGUAGACCGAGCUUUCGUCGAUCGAUAUUAUGCGAUU